CAAGCCCUGGUGUGGGAGGGGACGGUGGCGGCCGGGCUUGGUGGCCCCGUGCCCCCUUCCCCUGUCCUGGGCCCCCUCCCGCAGCAUCCCUGGGGAUAAAUGCGCGCCGGCGGCGGUCCGCCCGUGCCCGUGCGAUGGAGGCGGGCGGGCGGGCGCUGCUGGCGGCCGUGGGGCUGCUGUCGGCGCUGAGCGCGGCGGGCACGCUGUUCCUGCUGGCGCAGUGGCGGGAGCUCGGCGCGGCGCUGCGGGAGCUGGAGGCAGUGCGGGGGAACGGCUCCGUGCGGGGGCUGCCGGGCGAGCCCGGUCCCGCCGCCCCCGCCGCCCGCACCAAGCGGAGCCGCCGCGGGGAGCGCGGCCGCGGCACCGUGCGCGCCGAGAGCGACGAGAUGCUGAUGAUGCUGACCUACUCCAUGGUGCCGGUCCGAGUGAUGGUGGAUUUAUGUAACAGCACAAAAGGGAUAUGCUUAACAGGCCCUCCGGGUCCCCCAGGGCCUCCUGGACUUGAUGGACUGCCUGGCUACAAUGGAUCAGAUGGAGUCCCAGGCAUACCAGGACAAAAGGGAGAACCAGGACUAAAUGGAAAAAGAGGAAAAAUAGGUCUGCCAGGACCAAAAGGUGAUCAAGGACAGAAAGGAGAACCUGGAGAAAUGGGUUUACCUGGCAAGGAUGGUAUGCCAGGAGUAAAAGGUGCAAGAGGAGCCAAGGGGGAAAAGGGGGAUGCAAGCAAUGAUGUGAUAUUAGAAGGUGCAAAAGGUGAACCUGGACCACCAGGGCCCCCUGGACCACCUGGACCCCCGGGGCCUCCAGGUAAACGUAAAGGUAAAGCUAAAGCAGAGCUUCAGGAGAACACAUGCAGCAGCACAUGCACAGGUGAGUGUGCUGAACCAAAUGAUGACACCCUGGCUGGAAAAGCUGAAGACAGAACCCCUGGUCCUUCAAAAAAACCUGAAUGCAUCAUAACAUCUGUGGGAAGUCCUGUUCACUUUGUCAGUGUUCAGCAAACGUUUGGAACUUGGAUGCGGGAGCCUGCAAAUAUAAGUGAUGAAAGGAUUUGGCUUACCAUGCAUUUCUUAGGAAACUCUAUAAAAGAAUAUGAGAAUUCCAAUGCCUUGCUGAAUGACAGCUACAGGAUCAUUAACAUCACGGGAUUCUUUUAUGGAUGUGGUCAUGCAGUACAAAACAAUCAUCUGUACUAUCAGAAGGGAGGAACCAAUGUCAUUCUGAAAUUUGGGCUCGACAGAGCAUCGCUGGGCACUCUGCUCAUUGAAAAUGCCCUACACCAUGGGCGCAACUACCUCUUCUCUAACUCCAAGACGUAUUUCAACAUAGCAGUGGAUGAGAAGGGGCUCUGGAUUAUCUAUGCCUCGAGCACUGAUGAAAACAUAAUGGUAGCACAUAUUGAUGAAGAAACGUUUUCAGUCAUUCAGCACAUCAACACCACAUAUCCAAAGUCCAAGGCUGGUAAUGCAUUCAUAGCAUGUGGUAUUAUUUAUGUUACUGACACUAAGGACAUGACAGUAAGUUUUGCUUUUGAUUUACUGAAAGGGAAGCAGGUUGAUGCAAGGUUUGAAUUACGGUCUUCACAGUCUGUUCUUGCUAUGCUUUCGUACAGCCUACGAGACAAGAAUUUGUACACGUGGGAGAACGGGAGCUUAAUGGUGUACCCUGUACAUUUUGGUAGAUGAAAAUAUUUUAACAUGCCAUGUAUGGGAGCCAUGCUUGUCUAAAUAAUCUAUUUAAAGCUCUGUGACAUACACACGUGGGUCUCUUCACUUGGCAUCAUUUUCUGUUUACUGAUGGUGGUUUGUGAGUGUGUCUAAAAGCGAGAUCAGGUGCCUUUGUAUAAAACACACUUCAGUUACACGGGCCAUCCUCAUCUUUUUAAAAAACAGUUGUUCACUAUUGCAGCUGGCAAACAGUUAGCACAAACUUGCUUUUGUUUCUCUCCGUUAUUCAGCUCAUAAUUGUAUCUAAUGUACAUCGAUUAUUCCACGGUCAUGUGCUCAGCAGAGACUAUUUAUAACUUUCAGUUGUGAUCAUCUUCUCUGCAAUCAUUUUCUAGUCAGUGAUUAUGGUCUAGUAUAAAUAUCUAAAUAAUGAACUUUUGUGUACAAAUACCUUUGUCACUUUCAUUUAAUUUCCAUGGAUUCUCAGUGAAGAUUUUUUUCUGAACAGAGGCUUACAGCUGUUAAAAAUAAGGGGGAUGGAAAGAGUUAUUUAAAUAGAAAAAAAAGCUGAAAAGCUUCCCCUUUGAUGAGCUCAAUCAACUGUUAAUAAUCAAAAGCAAAAUCCAGCCAAAGUACAAGGAAAAUAGGAAUAAUGACAUGAAGUACUGAAUAUACAUUUUGUUUCAUAAAUGAAGAAUUGGCAGAAAAGUACCAAGGUUUAAAAUUGAAGAGAAGAUGUAACAUUUAUGAUUAAAUUUUCAUUUUUAACAGUGUUUGCAUUUUGAAUGUUGCUGCAGCCUCUUCCUUGCCCCUCACUGUCAUGUAAACCAUACCAUCAUAACUUGUUUAUAAUUGCAUUUAAUUAUAGUAAGGCAUAUUUCUAAAAUAAAAUGUCCCCACAUUCAUCCAUACAAAUGAAAUCAUAAAAUGAAGGGUAUAUGUUUUUGCUGCUAUUCUUAGAAAAAUAAAGUAGCUUAAGCAGGAAUACAUGUAUUCAUUAUACUGCUUAAUGGCUUAAUUUGUUGUUAACCUUAAGUCAGAGACCACAUAUUCACACUGAAAUUUUUGAGAGCUAGAGCUGAGAAAUAAUAGGAACUUUUUAAUUUUGUUCUGGUAUUUCAGGUUUCUAAAUUCAACAUUGGGACAUAAAUCUCUACUGUUGUUUUGUGUAUCUAUAUUCAAAAUCGUGCUCUUGGGAAAACCCCUACUUGAAUUUCUAAGCUGUCUGUGCAUAUUGCUAAAGUUUAUGGAGCUCAUCCAAAUAUUUAGAAGCAAAGUGUCAUUUAAAUCCUGAACUGCACUGAAGUGUUUAAUACCUGUGUGACAUCCAGGCACUGUCAAAGGGAUUAAUGAAUUUGGGAAUGUCUGUGCCCGCAGAACCUUGUCUAGCUGAAAAAAUUCCUCUGCUGCAGCUAAACUUCAGUGUGUGAUACAGUGAUGGUUGGGUCUCUUCUCAGCAUACCUGCUGUUUUCACUAAGGCCUUGCAGACAAAGAAGAGAGAGAUGCAGACAAAACAAAAAAUCAUAAUUAAUACUUUGAACUAGUAUAUGCACAAAACCUCAUAGAUUAACAGUUCUAUUUAUACCUGUAUAAAGAAUGUGACACUUCACACACUCCAGAGCUACAGUUCUAUGGGCUGCUUUUGACUUCUGUGGGGUGUGGGGUUUUUUGGUAGUUUUUUCAUGUUUAUGUUUGUUUGUGGUGUUGUUUUAAAAACUGAGUUGUGGUACUAAUAAAGUAAGCUUUUUUGGCUAA